AGCUGGAUAUCCACUAUGCUGAUCAAUUGACAGACUCGUCAACAUUUAGAGCUUUAUAGUUGGUACUAAACCGGAGUGUUAAACCUAGAUUAACGUCUACUUUCGUGCUCUUGAGUGUUUUGCCUAAUAUAUAUUUGUACUAGAAAAAAAUAUUUCUCCUCAAAUACAUUUUAAAUGGCAAAUACCGCAGUUCAACUUUUUGGGUGCAUUCUGUCCUAUGUUGGAUGUUUUGGCCUAAUAGCUUCCACCAUUAUGACGGACUGGAAGACCCUUGCACGCGCCAGCGGUGACUCGUUACCUCAGCAGUACGUUGGGUUGUGGAAGAAGUGCACGGAAGUUGCCACCGGACAGGUCACGUGUAAACAUUUUUCUUCUAUUUUCUUUCAAACGCAGCAAACUAAUAUCAGCAGGGGAGUAAUGAUCACCAGCAACAUCCUCUGUGCCCUCGCUUCGCUCGUAGCGAUAUUCGGUCUCAAAUGUACCAGAUGUCUAGACACGAACAAACAAGUAAAGAGUAUGCUUGCUACCAUCGCUGGUGCACUGUUCAUUCUUGGCGGUUUAUGUGCCUUUGGGAUAAUCUCAUGGUAUGCUCAUAAAGUUACUCAAGAAUUUCAGACCGAUAUAAUUAAGUAUGAGUUUGGAAAUGCUCUGUUUGUCGGCUGGAGCGGAGCUUUAAUCUGUGUCACUGGAGGAGCUAUUCUAUGCGUUUGCAGCAGAACACACAAACAGCACAGGGCAAAUACAGCCAAGGCUCCCAUCUCCAAGGAGUCGGGCAGACAGUAUGUUUGAAGAUCUGCAGCAGCUUGGCCAGUUAUUUAAGACAAAAAACCUUACUGAGAAGAUGUGAAAACACUACUAUUAGUAAAAAUAGUGACUGAUACUGUAUGUAGAUUCCCAAAUAAAAAAAUAGCCACAAACGUUAUUGGUAUUUAAUGUACGGUUAUUGUUUAUAAAUCCUUAAUGUUUGUAUCUUAAAAUGUAGACAAUUUUAUCUUUGUAUUGUUGCAUCUGUAUAGAAUCAGAUUUUGUCCACCCAGUUAAUGAACUUUGGUACCAAGAUGGACAUUGCUUUAACAAAUUUUAUUAGUGUUUAUUCAAUGUAUGAAACAUCUAUAAUCUUUAGAUAUGAGUAUCUUGUAAAGUAUAUGAUUAUGUGAAAAAAAAAAAUAUUGAAAAACGUGAUAUGCAAAAAAAAAAAUUGAAACAAAUAAAUGCCAGCAUACACUAAAUGUGAAGUAAAUGUGAAGUAGCUAGUGUGUAUAUACAGUAAAUAUUAAUUGUGUAUAUAGAGUAACUAUAUUUUCACUUGGGUUUUUUGUUUUUGUUUUGUUUUGGGGGGUUUUUUUGGUUAUAAUAUUUUGGAUGUAAUUUAUCAUGAUUAAUCAUGGCCAAUAAACAGGUCUUAGCAUUAAAAAGAAAUUCAGGAUACAUUUGUUCAUUAUUGUUGUAUAAGUGAUUAUGACAAUUUGUAUUCUUUUAUACUUAAAAAAAUGCUUUUAAGUGUGAUUUAUAUAUUACAUUAUUAUUUUAUUCUUUUUGUAUUUACCGAUGUUGUCACAGUCAACCUCCCUGGCAUCACGGUUCCCACACCAACGCUGUUUUUGUUUCAUUCCUGGUUAUGUUUCCUUGUGCUUCCUUGUUUUGUUUCGUUCUGUUCUUUCCUUUCUUGUA